AUUUGUACACAAGACUAUUUAUGGCAUCUCCUUCUUCCGAUCCCAUGGCGGGGCUUCCUUAAUUACCCUUUUCUAGCCUUUUUCGGCACGGCAAUCGGAGAUAUUGGGUUAGGGCUUUUGGCUUCUUUGGGAAAUUGGAGGAGAUUCCUUCAUUGGGGUGAAGCUUGGUGAAGUGAAGCUCUCGCCUUCUUCCUUGGAUUCAGAUUGUGAUGGCGGCAUGCACUUCUGAGAAGAAGACAUUCAAGCAGGACUCCUACCCAUUGGACUUGGAGAGCAUAAAACUAGACUUCGAUUUGGAGGAUGUGACUUGCUCUAUCUGUUUGGAUUUUCCACACAAUGCUGUCAUGUUAUUGUGCACUUCCUAUGGAAAGGGGUGCAGACCAUUCAUGUGUGAUACUGAUCAGAAGCACUCAAAUUGUCUGGACAGAUUUAGAAGUGCAUAUGACUUCCCUGCUGUUGUGAAAGUCACAUCAUCUACAAAUAGUGUUUCAUUGGUAGGGGAUAUUUCUUCAAGCCCAAACAACCGACCACUGUGUCCACUCUGUAGGGGAGGUGUAACUGGAUGGCUCAUCAUCAACGACGCCCGUGUCUGUUUCAAUAUGAAGAAACGAUUUUGUGAAGAGAAAUACUGCACUUUUGUUGGAAACUUUUAUGAACUCCAGAAACAUGUUCAUCUAAAACAUCCACAUUCUCACCCUUCCAAGAUUGAUCCUGCACAGCAGCUAAACUGGGAAUAUCUCCAGCAGACAUCAGAGAUCAUAGAUGUAUUAAGCACGAUACAAGCACAAGUACCCCGUGCAGUGGUGUUGGGUGACUAUGUCAUUGAGUAUGAAGAUGCAGAAGCUACAGAUGACUAUGAAAGUUUUUAUCGGAGCAGGGGCAACUGGUGGACCUCAUGCAUAUCUUGUAAACCGUUUCCAAACUUUAGGUGUUUAAGAAAUCGGAGGAGAUCCACGGAAGCUGUACCAAGAAGCAGUCAUGGAUCAAGUCCUUAUGGUUUAUAUCAUGGAGAUUCCUUGAGAUCUGUUGAUAUUGUAGAGUAUAGAUUUGGUGAAGCCGAUGAUGGAUUUGCAAGACCAGCAGUCAAUGCCCCGGCAUCACUGGUUAUUCCUGCUCACCACAGAUACGGUAGACACGGAUCACGCAUCUAUGAUCAUUGAGCAUCAGGAAUGUGCAGCAGUAGCAGCAGAACAUCUAUCCUUCUGCAUGAUAUAUACCAUUUGCAGUAGAUCUGAAUUCUUUCUUGCUGGUAUAUAUUUCUCGUCCUCUACAUUCUUCUGUGAAUAUAAUGGUUAUAGCAAAUGACAUUCUUCCCGGUGAAUACUUGUGGUUCCCUCUCGUAGAUAAAGGUCAUUAUAAAGGAUUGUACAACGUGAUUGUGGAUAACAAUUAUGUAGAUAAGGUUUUUUUUUCCACUUCUGUUUAUAUUUGUCAAGUCUUGACAAUGACAUUCAAAAGCAAAUAUAUAAACUGGCCUUCUGUUUGUGAA